AUGGCGGGCUCGUUCGACAGCCACAUUGCCCGCAACAUGAUGUGGCAGUGCCAGCUCUCCCAGCCCGACUGCCGGUGUUACCGGGUGGAUGGGUACUCCCUCCUGAAGCGUCUGCCCCUUCACCCCCUCAUAGGUCCCCGGUGCCCCAUGCAGUCUGUGGGCCAAUGGCUGGACAGCAUUGGACUGGUCCAAUAUGAGAACCACCUACUGGCCAACGGCUUCGACAACGUGCAGUUUAUGGUGAGUAGAGAUGGGGGGGGGGGGGGGGUUUUGUGUCGUUUUCUUGGUUUUGUGGUGGGUUUUGUGUGUCUUCUAUAAUUUAUCUUUCUCUAUCGCUGUCUAUCUCUAAUUCUCUUCCACCCUCUCACUUUCCUUCACACUAUCCUUGUCCCCUCUUCUAUCUGUCUUGUUUGCGCCUCUCUUUCCAAAAUAAAUCCUCUGCUCCUUUCUCUCUCCUUCUUAAAGUCUCCAAACCCCUUUUCUAUUGAUCAUUUGGUUAUAUGGGCUGUUUCUCUUUCUGGGGGGGGGCCCCCCCCAAAAAAAAAAUUCCCCCCCCGCUCCUCUCUCCUCCUUUCUUCUUCGCUUUCUCUUCUGUAUUCUUCCGCUCUCUCUCUGUGAUUGUCGUUUCCUGUCUCUCUCUUUCGCUCUCUCCUGUGACUCUGUCUCUUUCUUCUCCCCUCUCCCGGGGUCUCUCUCUGGCCGUCUCCUCUCCAAUCGCGGGUCUUUUCCCUCCUCUCUUUCGCUUCUUCCUUUUUCUCUCUCUCUCUCUCUCUCUCUCUCUCUCUCUCUCUCUCUCUCUCUCUCUCUGUUUACUGUUCCCUUUUCUUUCUGUUUCUGUUCCUCUCCUCCUAUCCUUCAUGUUUCUCCACCCUCAGUCCCACAAGACAGUUGCACAACACACAGACUACGUACAAAACACACACACACACACACACAGGCAACAAACGUAAUCCAACACACACACAACUCUGUGAACUAUCAGUGUCUUCCUCUCUUUCAGCUUCCCAUUACUCCUUUUUUCUCUUCUUUCAUCUCUGGUAGCGUGGAGAGAGAGACUACAUGUGUAACAUUUAGUAUGCAGGAACUUCCUCCAUGACAUUUCACUGUGUGUGUGUGUGUGUGUGUAUUGAUCUCUCUGUGACAGGUCACACAUGUUUUAGCUUGGUCUGUACUUUGACAUGUGCGUGAUUAAAACUCAUCAUACGUGACAGGGAGCUUGUGGUAUUGGUUCAAGACGUGUGUGUCAUAUCAAAUUGUAUUUGUCACAUGCUUCGUAAACACAUGCUUGGUUGUGUGUGUGUGUGUGCUCUGUUUCUGAAGAGCAUAAAACACUGUGCAGCAACAACCAUCUACUCAGGGACCUGUGUUGUUAUCAACAGGGAGGGAGGGAGGGAGAGAGAGAGGGAGGGAGACCAAGGUAAAGAAAUAAAGAAAAUAUUGAGAGGGGUGGAUGACGGAGAGAGAGAAGAGAAAAACAUGAAGAGAAAAAAAAAAUAUAUAUAUAUAUAGAGAGAGAGAGAGAAAGGAUGUUUGAGUGUGUUCCUACUCCUUCCUACUCCAUCUUUUACAGCUUUAUCACAUAACCAAACAUUUGAAUGAUGAUGCAAAAAGACUCAAAACCUGCGUGUGUGUGUCUGUGCAUGUGUACAGCUCUGUUACAGCCCCUGCAGAAUCUUUAUUAAUGUAUUAUACAAGAGAGGAUGUCCAAUUGACAUUCAAGCUAGCAGCCACCAUGCCUGUAUCUCCAUACAGAAUGAGUCUGUUAUCCUAGUAAUACAGUUAUAUUGGCUGCAGUCUGACUGGAGAAGAAUACGCUUGAACCGGUACAAGUGCAAUGUAAAAAAAAUACGGUAUAUACUGUAUAUAAGAUGUUGAGAACUUAAAAUAUCAAGGCAACCAGCUGCAAUAGGAUUUUUAGUUUGCUCAACAUUUGGGCAUAUUCUCAAGUUGAAUUGUAUGUUCUCUCAACCUUGAAAUGUGGACAUACAAUUCAAUUUGAGAAUGUAUUCUGCCUUAUUUGGAUAUUUCCCUGUGUGCCUCUAAAUUAAUCUCACUAUGACAAUACAUUACAUAUAUCAUAAGACUUUUCUUUGAGGGCCUAGUUACACCCUAACACAGUGGUCUGAAACUCCUGGUUUACUGGCCGCAUCAAGCCUGAACAUACAAUUAUUUAUUAUUUAUUAUUUAAGCCUGCAAGCCACAUAUUGCUGGCUUGCAAAGUGAUGUGUAGUUCCUAUUAGAAUCCAGCCAGAGUGAGGAUAUCCAACAAUUUGAACUUUUAAUCACCUGCAUUCAGAAUCAGGACUCUAGACUGCAACCAUUUAGUCACAUUUUGCGAAUAGUCUCACAGUGCGAGCUGCCCAUUCUACAUGGUCACCUCACUCCAAACGUCCAAUUUUUUUAGGAAACCAUGAUUUUGUCAAACAGUAAUGUGCAUUAUCCUCAUAAUUUCUAGAAUGAAAGUCUCUGCCCUGCACCUGUGCCUGUUUUGCUGGGGCCUGCUGCUGUGAUGAGACACUAACUCCCUCCCCCCGCGCACUGGGAGAAAAUAAUUUAUUCUGGUUGUAGGCUAUAACAUUUCAAAAUCCAAUUGCGGGACAAACACAGCUUUGGAAGAAACUAAUGGAAGCAGCUAAUGUUGUCACUGUUGAAGAGAGAGGGGGGUUCUCAGCUUUCUGUAGGUAUACUUUUUAUUUCUCUACUUAUUUCUCAACUCUCAAUAUUGAGCUCUAUAGCAACUAUUUUACAGCCAUCUCAGUAGUCUAUUACACCUCUUAAUAAAGCACUGUGAAUGACUUUGUAAGAGGUUAAUUCUUUUUUCUAUUGCGUGACGCUGCAAUUUUUUUCGGGUGCGACCAAGACAUGGUCUGGUGCUUCCAAAUGAAAAAGUAAGUGGCACCAGUGCCAUCAGGUGAAAAUGUUAGUCUGGAGCCCUGAGAAUGACUGCCAGGGUAGGAAGAUUAAUUAAUGAGACUACCUAAAUCAUCUAAACUAGAAUAGCCAUCUCAGUAACUGUUGCAAUAAGUCCAACUACUAACAGAUUGGAUUAGUUUAGAAAAAUUUACGUUAUUUAUUUUUGUGUAGCAUAAGAUUAAUCAACCAAUCAAUGUACAGUUCCUUCGGAAAGUAUUCAGACCCCUUGACUUUUUCCACAUUUUGUUACGUUACAGCCUUAUUCUAAAAUGAAUUAAAUAUUCUUAUUUUUCCAGCAAUCUACACAUAAUCCCCCAUAUUGACAAAGCGAAAACAGGUUUUUAGAAAUUUUUGCAAAUGUAUUACUAAUAACAAACACAUACCUUAUUUACAUAAGUAUUCAGACCCUUUGCUAUGAGAUUCAAAAUUGAAAUCAGGUGCAUCCUGUUUCCAUUGAUCAUCCUUGAGAUGUUUCUACAACUUGAUUGGAGUCCACCUGAGGUAAAUUCAAUUGAUUGGACAUGAUUUGGAAAGGCACACACUUGUCUAUAUAAGGUCCCACAGUUGACAGUGCAUGUCAGAGCAAAAACCAAGCCAUGAGGUCAAAUUAAUUGUCCGUAGAGCUCCGAGACAGGAUUGUGUCGAGAUACAGAUCUGGGGAAGGGUACCAAAACAUUAAUGCAGCAUUGAAGGUCCCCAAGAACACAGUGGCCUCCAUCAUUCUUAAAUGGAAGAAGUUUGGAACCACCAAGACUCUUCCUAGAGCUGACCGCCCGGCCAAACUGAGCAAUCGGGGGAGAAGGGCCUUGGUCAGGGAGGUGACCAAGAAUCCGAUGGUCACUCUGACAGAGCUCUAGAGUUCCUCUGUGGAGAUGGGAGAACCUUCCAGAAGGACAACCAUCUCUGCAGCACUCCACCAAUCAGGCCUUUAUGGUAAAGUGGCCAGACGGAAGCCACUUAAAAGGCACAUGACAGCCCACUUGGAGUUUGCCAAAAGGCACCUAAAGACUCUCAGAUCAUGAGAAACAAGAUUCUCUGAUCUGAUGAAACCAAGAUUGAACUCUUUGGCCUAAAUGCCAAGCGUCACGUCUGGAGGAAACCUGGCACCAUCCCUACGGUGAAGCAUGGUGGUGGCAGCAUCAUGCUGUGGAGGUGUUUUUCAGCUGCAAGGACUGGGAGACUAGUCCGGCUCGAGGCAAAGAUGAACGGAGCAAAGUACAGAGAGAUCCUUGAUGAAUACCUGCUCCAGAGCGCUCAGGACCUCAGACUGGGGUGAAGGUUCACCUUCCAACAGGACAAUGACCCUAAGCACACACAGCCAAGACAACGCAGGAGUGGCUUCGGGACAAGUCUCUGAAUGUCCUUGAGUGGCCCAGCCAGAGCCCGGACUUGAACCCGAAAAAACAUCUCUGGAGAGACCUGAAAAUAGCUGUGCAGCGACGCUCCCCAUCCAACCUGACAGAACUUGAGAGGAUCUGCAGAGAAGAAUGGGAGAAACUCCCCAAAUACAGGUGUGCCAAGCUUGUAGCGUCAUACCCAAGAAGACUCGAUGCUGUAAUUGCUGCCAUAGGUGCUUCAACAAAGUACUUAGUAAAGGGUCUGAAUACUUAUGUAAAUUUGAUAUUUGUGCAUUUUCUUGUUUGCUUAUGGCCCUAUACAGCUCGUUGAGUGCGGUCUUAGUGCCAGCAUCGGUUUGUGGUGGUAAAUAGAUAGCUAUGAAAAAUAUAGAUGAAAACUCUCGUAAAUAGUGUGGUCUACAUGAGGUAUUCUAACUCAGGAGACUUCCUUAACAUUAGAGAUUGCGCACCAGCUCCUGUUAACAGAGACACACCCCUCCCCCUAGCCUUACCCAAGGCUGUCGUCCUGUCUAGACGAUGCAUGUUCGCCAACGUAAUCUCGUUAGGAGGCCGCCUCGCCUGCCUCUUCUUCGCUGCCGGUUCCUCUUUCGAUUCCUAGGGAUUAGGGCCUGGUCCGGAGUGAGCAGAAUGUCUAGAGCUGCCGACUUGUUGAGGUAUAAAUCCUCAUCCAAAUGGAGGUUAGUGAUCGCUGUUGUGAUGUCAUAGGAAAUGAUGGCGGAGACAUAAUGUACAAAAUAAGUUAAGAUCAACAUUUAAAAAAAAACACAAAAUAGCAGAAAUGGUCGGGAGCCCGUAAAACGGCCGCUAUCCACUGCAGCGCCAUACUUGGUGCGUCUAAAUACAAAGUGUCACUUGGUGUUAGUCAAUUUAAAUGAAGGGAAAUAACAUUGUGAGCAAAAUGAUUAAUCAAAUCACUUCAGUAAAUGGUUUGUGAAGGCUUGUUGACCAGAGAUUUGAGCAUGUGAAGACUCCAUUUCAGAAAAUCCUAAUUUAUCUCAAAUGUCUCAUUGGUGUUACCAUCAUUGGUGUUACUAUUCCUACUGGUUGCACAAUGUUAUCAUAAUGGUAUCAAUUAUUUAAAGUAAUUAAGCUACCAUGUUAGUUGAUUUCGAAUGGGACGAUGUACACAAAUACAUUUUUUUUUUUUAAAUAGUUAAUGUUUCCCAAAAUUCCUUGCCCAAAUGCCACCGUAAUUCAAGAAUGACCCACAUACCAUCACCCACGCAUACCAUCACCGACGCUACCGUCCUAUCCCUGUCAUUCCCUACCCAUUAGUAUUAUACUAUGUUAGUCCAGCUCGCUCCCAGUCAAAAGCUGCUGAGGGUCUCUGGCAGAAGUUCUGAGAGUCAGGGGAAUUCUCUCAUCCUCGCCUCGCCUGUCUCAUUUUUUAUUUUAUUUUUAUAAAUCUUCGAUCUCUUCCCCUGCUGUGAAAUGCCUUUAGAUAUAAUUAAUAUUGAAUAAAGCCGUGCCAGAGCUUCUGCCGAGUCUCUUUCAAGUACUGGGGUUACUUCAAACUUCCCUAUUGUUAGUUUCUAUCUCUCUCUCUUUCCCAGACACUGGAACAUUCCGGCUUCAACACUAACUCGCUAGGAAGUAUUUUCAUCUUCUGUUUCAGCUGCCGAGCGGCGAGGGAAACGGUUUAAGCUUCUUCCUUCGACUAGGAAACCUUGACGCGGUACACAGCAUUUCGUAUUCAUGAGAUGUUGGCCGAUGGAGAUAAAUGAUUGAUUUGGUUACCAUAAGAGCCUGAGAAAGAAAACGCUGGAAAUUGAUGGUGGCCAUUUUUGUAAAAAAAUUAAUGCAGCACCACUCUAUUCAGGAGAUGAAAUUGACAGCAAACUGAAAUGUGAACAACAACUAUGCUAUGGAGAGACCGCUUUUUCCAUUACAGUUGCAUGUCAAGUUCAUGUGCUGGAAUUGACAAGAGCCUAAAUGAAUUUGACCCUAACACUGCUCACUACCACUGCAGUAAACCCUACUGGGAUCAACAGGAAACAGAGACAUACACGCACACACACAUUAUUCACACAUAAAUGCGCGUAACAAUACACACACACACACACUCCCUACUUUACUCAAGCUUUGGUGAUUGUUGUUGUUACCUUGAGAACUCAGCUUCUUUCUCUGUCCACAAUAGAGGGCCUGUGAGGGGGUGUGGUCUGUCACCUUAACCAGCCAGUAAGGAACAGCUGUUGGUUUGAUUGAUGUACGGAUAGGGCGAGGGGUUGGUGCCUGUCGUCAUGGAGAUGGGUGAAGAUGACUUCUGUAUUUACAUUAAGGGGUCAUUAUGAAGGGGCUUAAAUGGAGACAGAUCUCUCUCCCGGCAUAGACACACCACUAGAUAAUGCAGCAGUGUGUGUGUGUGUGUUUUGGUAAACGCAUGUGUGUAAUGUGUGUGUGUGCAUGUGUGUGUGCAAUAGUUAGUAUGUAGUAAAUAAAUUAGCCCAUUCUCCUUGUGGAGCCCUCUGUAUUAAGCCUUUUGUCCCAUGCUACCGCUAACCCCCAAUUCUGUUUGUCAGAGGAGAGAGAGAGAGAGAGAGAGCAUGCAGAAUUCUGCAAAAACAUCCCCCGUGUACAAUGUAAAACACCAAAUAAUGCAUGCAUAGCAGAAUUAGGCUGAUACCCGCUAAUUAUAAAAAUCCAGAAAAGAGACCUUAAAUUCUACAACCACCUAAAAGGAAACGAUUCCCAAACCUUCCAUAACAAAGACAUAACCUACAGAGAGAUUAACCUGGAGAAGAGUCCCCUAAGCAAGCUGGUCCUGGGGCUCUGUUCACAAACACAAACAGAGCCCUAGGACAGCAACAGCAACACAAUUAGACCCAACCAAAUCAUGAGAAAACAAAAAGAUAAUUACUUUUAAGAUUUUGUUUUUAAACAGAGCAAACUGGAAUGGUAUUUGGCCCUAAACAGAGAGUACACAGUGGCAGAAUACCUGACCACUGUGACUGACCCAGGAAAGCUUUGACUAUGUAUAGACUCAGUGAGCAUAGCCUUGCUAUUGAGAAAGGCCGACGUAGCUAAACAAAAUAAAGUAAAAACAUAGAGUAAAACCUAACCUCCUGCCAAAUGUAUGACCAUAUUAGAGACACAUAUUUCCCUCAGAUUACACAGACCAACAAAUAAUUCGAAAACAAACCAAAUUUUGAUAAACUCACAUAUCUAUUGGGUGAAAAACCACAGUGUGCCAUCACAGCAGCAAGAUUAGUGACCUGUUGCCACAAGAAAAGGGCAACCAGUGAAUAACAAACACCAUUGUAAAUACAACCCAUAUUUAUGUUGAUUUAUUUUCCCUUUUGUACCUUAACUAUUUGCACAUAUGACAUUUGAAAUGUCUUUAUUCUUUUGGAACUGUUGUGAGUGUAAUGUUUACUUUAAAUGUUUUUAUUGUUUAUUUCACGUUUGUUUAUUAUCUAUUUCACUUGCUUUGGCAAUGUUAACAUAUGUUUCCCAUGCCAAUAAAGCCCCUUGAAUUGAAAUUGGAAUUGAAAUUGAAUUGAGAGAGAGAGAGAGAAUCAAUGUGUGGCCUGAAAGAUAGAGGGGUAUAAUGAAAAGAGAGAGAGAAGCAUAAAGAGAUCCAAACGGAGAAUGAGAGACCGACAGAGACAAAUUGAGUGAUUUGUACUAGCUAGUCGUUGAGCGCCUGUUGGUCUCGAUAAUGGAUUUCAGUACCAUUACUGAAUAUAAAUGUCUUCCCUUUAUCACUUUGGUUGUGGCAUAUAAACCCUGGGCUGUAUGAAUUUACAUUUCUGCCUUUUAAGGGAAGCCUGACCCAAAGCAUUGUGGGAAAGCACUACUAUGGUCGUGAUAAUAGACCUAUCAACAGUUCAAUUGAAUUGACACAGUGAAGUGGAUGAGAUUUUUGCUGUUAAUGAAAAGCACUUACUUUGAGUAAAGUGUAUUAUUAUUUGUUAUAUUAAAUUAACACACAGAGAUAUUGCGAUAUUUCAUGGUGUGUUGAACAAGUACAUCAAAAUCACCUGGGAGCAUGAGCAGCAGUGUGCGGUGUUGAACGAGUAUCACAGCAUUGAAUUGUGCAGCGUAGCGAGGGUAUAGAAAUGUAAUGUUAUAGAAAAUUUAUAUAGAACAAACAUCUUUAAAGACCUUCUCUUCCAGAAGUUAUGUUUAUUCUAUACAUUGCAUUUCUAUAUACUUAGCCUAACAGCUUCCUUUCCUCUUCUCCUUUCCUUGUCUCAUUUCCUAGAUAGGACCAGAUACGUUUUCAACAUAUUGCUGUAAUUGAUCAAGGCCUUUGCAAUCAAUGGUCGUGAAGGGAAGUGGAUGAGAAAAGAAAGCCGUUUCUAACCAUUGAGAUGCAGCCAAUGAUAGAGUAGGUCAUGGUAGAAGUUAGCCAGAUGAACCUAUCCCGUUCCUAACCUUUACUGUCAUGAAGUUGAGAAAAUAAUAUCAUCCCUGACUACGGGUUGUUAGGGGAAACUCUACCUACUCCACUAAUGUCAUCAUUAGCUCAGGGGUCAAUGUUGAAAAUUUAAUGGAACCCCAGAGCAGAGAUCAGAUGAAGUGAUUAUAUAGGGUGCGUCUACACAGGCAGCCCAAUUCAGAUUUUUUUCCCACUAAUUGGUCUUUUGAACAAUCGGAUCAGCUCUGAAAAAGAUCUGAUGUGAAAAGAUCUGAUUUGAUUGGUCAAAAGACCAAUCACAUCAGAAUUUGGCUGCCUGUCUAAACGCAACCAUAGUGUGUGUGUGUUUGUGUGUGUGUGUGAGAGAGAGAGGGAGGGAGGGAAAGAGAGAGAGAUACUAUUAAUUCUAUUAAUAGAAAAGAAGGGCAGACAGAACAAGACAAACACCCUCAGCCUCUCUAUCUCCACCUAUCAGAGACCAGCGGCGAGCGAUUAGUCAUGUCUUUGAAGCCCCAGCCAUCCAUCUCUGCCCCGGCUCUGGGUGCCAUUACUCUGGUCUGGCGUGUAGGGCGGUGACUGUAACAGAUGCUGGGUGUUCUGGGCUCUCUUAAUCAGCCUGAGAGGUCUAUCGCACAAGGGCACUGCAGGAGGCUGUGUGUGUCUUAAAUGGCCCCCUAUUCCCCAUAUAGUAAAUUCAAUACAACUCUAUUUAUGCCCUAAUAUAAUACAAUAGCAUCACACUACCCUAAUAUACCUCCCCAUACAGUACAUAAAUACAACAUAAGCCAAUGGCUCUUGGUCUGUAGAGUGCAGCAGGUUAGAGCAUCACGUUGAGGAUUAAAUGAAAAAGAUGGCCGUGAGAAUCUGCCGUUCCAUUCCUCCUUCAUCCCUCUCUUCAGUGCUCCAGAUCGAUAGCUAUCUGUGUUAUUGUCUAGCCAGGUAAAGAGAGAGGGAGAUAAAGAGAGGGGAGGAAAGAGAUGUGGAGGAGUGACAAGUUCAAUCCCCUACCAGGUGUGAUCUGUGUCUGGGCUUUAGUACAGCCUGAGGCUGGGGCUCCACAGAGAGACAACCCUCAACACCUCAUCUCUCUGGUGCCUCUAUGUUUCUCUCUCUCUCUCUCUCUCUCUCUCUCUCAAACACUCUCUCUUUCUGUCUUUCUCUUUGUCUAUCUCUCCCUCUCUCCUCUGUCCUUUGUUCACUGUCUUUCUUUCUUUCUUUCUCUGUCUGUCUUUGUCUGUCUGUCUGUCUGUCUGUCUGUCUGUCUGUCUGUCUGUCCUGUCUGUCUGUCUUCUUUCUUCUCCUCUCUCUCUCUGUCUGUCUCUCUGUCUCUCUCCCCCCUCUUUCUCUGCUCUCGUCUCUCUCCUCUCUCUCCUCUCUCUCUUUCUCGCCUCUCUCGCUCUCGUCUCUCUCUCCCCCUCCCCCCCCUCUCACCUCGCUCUCCUCUCAUCUCUCUCUCUCUCCUCUCUCCUCAACUGCUCUCUAGGUCUCCUCUCUCUCUCUCUCUCUCUCUCUAUCUUACUCUACUCUCUCUCUCUUCUCUCUCUCUCUCUCUCUCUCUCUCUCUCUCUCUCUCUCUCUGUCUCACUCUCUGUCUCUCUCUCUCUCUGUCUCACUCUCUCUCUCUCUGUGUCUCAGUAGGAGAGGAGAGUGAUAGGUCUCUAAAGGUCUCACAUCAGAUUAAUUAAAUGUGGAACUCAGCAUGGUGCUGAUUGAAGGGCCAGGUGUGUGUGUGUGUGUGGGGGGGUGCGUGUGUGCGUGCUUGCGUGCAUGCGUGGUAGCCAUUUAUGCAAGAUACCCCUCACAACAAGGCAUUGGGAUGGGUGGAGUAGUGAACAGAAGUCUCUGCAUGAGAGAUACACAAAUUGGCUCACUGAAGCCGCUUAGCCACUCUGUCUCAGUUUGAUGAUGUCACUGAUCAAUAGACUGAUGAUGUCAUGUGUAUGUUCCCCAUGCAGGGCAGUAACGUGGUGGAGGACCAGGACCUGCUGGAGAUCGGGAUCCUCAACUCAUCCCACAGACAGAGGCUGCUACAGGCCAUACGCCUACUGCCCAGGGUCAGUACUGUGUGUGUGUAUGGUGUGUGUGUGUGUGUGUGUGCGCGUGCGUUUGUGUGUACUACAAAGUAAAAAUGACUGUAACAUCAUUAGGAUUCUGUGGAGGGGAUAACAUUAGAAGAUGAGCUCUACACCAGUCUAAAUGAAAUAGAGAAAAUCUGUUUUGCCCUUACUGUGUUAAUGGAAAGAUUCACCCAUUUUGAAUGUUAUAUCGUAUUUGUCCAUCUCUGAGCGAUGUUCUAUCGAUUCCCGGGGUCAUUUCAUGUUUUCAUGUGUAUCUGAGCUAUUCGCCAAUAGAACAUCACUCAGAGAUGCACAAAAACGAUAUAACAUUCAAAAUGGUUGAAUCUUUCCUUUAAUGUGCAGUCACACACACACACAACCAAUAUAGCCAACUAAGUGAGUGUCACGAUCGUUGAUGAACGGGUCAGACCAAGGCGCAGCGUGAUAUGCAUACAUGUUAAUUUGACUUAUAAAUACAACGACAAAACAAGAACCGAAACGUGAAGUCCAAGGUACACAAACAACAUACCUAACACGGAACAAGAUCCCACAACCCACUAGUGCCAAUAGGCUGCCUAAGUAUGGUCCCCAAUCAGAGACAACGAGCUACAGCUGCCUCUGAUUGGGAACCACACCGGCAAACAUAGAUCUACACAUAAUAGAACACCAACAUAGAAAUACACAACAUAGAACAUACACACCCUGACUCAACAUAUACGAGUCCCCUGAGUCAGGGCGUGACAGUGAGAGAUGUGAAUUAAAUAGGAUGAGGAGAGAGGAUGAAACAGUGAAGGCUCAAAUGACAGAGAGAGCAGGAAAGAGAGAAGAGAUAUUGAGCAUGAGGGAGCAGAGACAAAAAGAGAGAGAGAGAGAGGAGCGAGAGAGCGAGAGCGCUGAGCAGGCGUGGUACAAUACAGAGAGAGAGAGGAACUCUGGGUAACCAAUCUCCUUAACUUGCAGUCAGCACUUUCCUCCUCUCAUCCCUGCAAAGUUUUCAAACGACAGGGAAAUACUCUCCCACUUCCUGCCUCUCUCUUCUCCCUUACUGUGUGGAAAAAAGGAUGCAGAUUUUAGGAAAAUGUCACACGAUAUGCUCACCCCAAAGUCCCAACUCUUCUUAAAAGUAGGAUGUCGAAUCCUUCCUACUUCAGAUAUAUCCUCUUCUAUGAGAAAAAGCGGAAUACUCUUCUCCUCUGAAGUCGUGUUGACUGUAUUGCAGAAGGAAGCAGCUAGACAUACUUACUGUGGAAUAUAUUCUCACAUCACAUAGGCCUACAGCACACCAAGUACAAAUAGGGAAAAAUAAGAUGCAUUUGCUUAAUCCUAAAUAAACCUUUUGCCCCUGCGCUCCUUGUAGAUCUGAAGGGAUUAGAUAGCUAUUCUGUAAGCAAUUAGGAACUAGCCCUGCCUCUCCCUUUGAAUGGCUAGGUGGGAUUUUCUCUAUAAUGCUUAUAAUGUCCUUGGGUGCUAAGGGUUGAUAUGGAAUUCAGCAUCUUAUAUUACAUUUCUAUAUAAAAUGUCUAUAUUAAAUUCAGCAUUUUAUAUGCAGCAAGGCUAUCCUUUCCCUCCCUCCCUCCCUCCCUCCCUCCAUCUGCCUUUGUCCAGUGUUUGAGCCUUUGAUGGUGCACUGUAGUUUUUAUGUCAUCUAUGUAUCUGCCAUUAGUUGACAGUCUCUCCUUCCCUCUCCGCUCCCUCCUUUCCUCCCUCUCUGCCUCCCUCCCUCCCUCCUUUCCUCCCUCUCUGCCUCCCUCCCUCCUUUCCUCCCUCUCUGCCUCCCUCCCUCCCUCCUUUCCUCCCUCUCUGCCUCCCUCCCUCCUUUCCUCCCUCUCUGCCUCCCUCCCUCCUUUCCGCCCUAGUUUUAGAGUGUCCUGUAUCAAUGCUCUUCAUAUCAUCUAGUGUCAGUCUGUCCCCUCCGCCUUCCCCCUCCAGGUGCGUCCUAUCGGCUAUGACGGUAACAACCCCACGUCAGUGGCUGAGUGGCUGGAGUCUCUGGAGCUGGGAGACUACACCAAGUCCUUCCUCAUCAACGGAUACACCUCCAUGGAACUGGUCAAGAAGAUCUGGGAGAUAGAACUCAUCAAUGUGAGUCUAUUACUGGUUAUUACUGGUUGUUAAUGUGCUUGCUGAAAGCACACUACUGUUAUUCCCCAUGCAUUACUAUAGAAAUACUGACUGAAUAAGACAGUAGAAGCAAGCACACACUUUUCUGUCAGUAAAUGUUCCUUUUCUAGUUUGUUUAUUAGGAUCUCUUUUUAACCCACAGAACAGAUCGUUUUCCAGGAGAAGAGAAGGGGGAAAUGA